AGCUUUGUCUGGUAAUGCGCGCGCAGGCUUGACGCCAUAAUUGGUUCUUCGGCCGAACCCUCUCUUAUUGGAGGUCAGGCCAAUACCCGGACUUAGUCCCAGCAGCGAUGUAUAGAGACUUCAGGUUUCCAGCUCUGAGCACCAGAGGAAAGGUUUCCUAAUGAAGAAGCAGAGAUAUCAACUCCACAAUGAAGGUCCGGGAGACCUACUGAGUUCCCAGGUUUUGGGAAUCAGAUAUAAAUAUAUAUGCCAGGAGCAUGCAUACCUGAGCUCUGAGACCUUUGCUCAGAGCUUCCGAAAAUGCUGAGUAAGGUCAUGAAAGUGACUGGUACUGAACUGAUUCCUGACCAAUCUGCUUGGGUAAACAGGAUUGGGGUGAAAGUAGACUAUCCAGAAACUAGCCUUGGAAAAUCUCACCCAGGUGCUUCAGGAGACAGCUUGGCCUUUUUAGGAAUCUGUACUUCACAAGAGGGUAGUUCUAAGAGAGAAGGAAUGACUUCGGGGCUCUUGACAACCAGAUCCCAGGAAUCAUUGACAUUCAAGGAUGUAGCUGUUGACUUCACCAAGGAGGAGUGGGGGAAACUGGACUCUAGUCAGAAAUAUCUAUACAAGGAUGUAAUGCUGGAGAACUACAGGAACCUAGUCUCACUGGGGCAUCAAGGUUCAAAACCAUUUGUGAUUUCCCAAUUGGAACAAGGACAAGAGCCUUGGAUAGUAGAGAGAAAAAUCUCAAGAAGUAACUGCAAAGACUGGAAGAUUAGACCUGAAGUCAAGGAUCCAAUUCCCAUACAGGGCAUUUUUGAAGAGGAAAUACCUCAGGAGGCGGCAGUAGAAAGAUUCACAAGGGAUGGUGUAUGGUACUCUAAAAUAGGAGAAGUCUGUAAGUCUGAUGAUAAAUUUGAAAAGCAGCCAAAUAACAAAGAAAAAUAUCUGAGACAAGUUACAGUUUCCCCAAAGAAAACUUUCAUUGGAAAGAUAGACCCUGAGUGUUAUGAAGUUAGUCUGAACUCAAUCCUUGUUACUGAACAAAGAGUUCCUACAAGAGAGAUUGACCUUGAAUGUGAUGUAUUUGAAAAAACUUUCAAGUGUAAUUUGCAUCUAAUUGGACAUCAGAAAAUCUGUGUAGGGAAGAAACCAUAUGAAUGUAAUGAAUGUGGAAAAGUUUUUAAUAAGGGUGCCCUACUUAGACAGCAUCAGAGAAUCCAUACAGGAGAGAAACCUUAUAAAUGUAAUGAUUGUGGGAAAGCUUUCAGACUUCGUGGAAACCUUACUCAACACAGAAGGAUUCAUACUGGAGAGAAACCUUAUAAGUGUAAUGAAUGUGGAAAAGCCUUCAGAUUGCAUGGACACCUUACUCAACAUAAGAAAAUUCAUCCUGGAGAAAAAAUUUAUGAAUGUGAUGAAUGUGGAAAAGCUUUCCAUAGGACUACACUUCUAUUGCAACAUAAAAGAACCCAUACUGGAGAGAAACCCUAUAAAUGUAAUGAAUGUGGAAAAGUUUUCAGUAACAGUGCCCUCCUCAUGCAGCAUCAGAGAAUUCAUACUGGAGAAAAACCCUAUGAAUGUAAUGAAUGUGGGAAAGCCUUCAGACUUAGAGGAAAUCUUACUCAACAUAAAAGAAUCCAUACUGGAGAAAAACCUUAUAAAUGUACUAAUUGUGGGAAAGCUUUCAGUAAGGGGACACUACUUAUGCAGCAUCAGAGAGUCCAUACUGGAGAAAAACCCUAUAAAUGUCAUGAGUGUGGAAAAGCUUUCAGACUUCGUGGAAAUCUUACACAACAUAAAAGAAUUCAUACUGGAGAGAAACCCUAUAAAUGUAAUAAUUGUGGGAAAACCUUCAGUCAGAGUAAACACCUGACUCAGCAUCAGAGGAUUCAUACUGGAGAGAAGCCCUAUGAAUGUAAUGAAUGUGGGAAGGCAUUUUGUGAUAGAUCAUCCUUGACCAAACAUCAGAGGAUUCAUACUGGAGAGAAACCUUAUGAAUGUAAUGAAUGUGGGAAAGCUUUUAGUAGGGGAGCACUCCUUACUCAACAUCAGAGAGUCCAUACUGGUGAGAAACCUUAUAAAUGCAAUGAUUGUGGGAAAGCCUUUAGUAAGGGUGCACUACUUAGACAACAUCAGAGAGUCCAUACUGGAGAAAAACCAUAUAAGUGUAAUGAAUGUGGAAAAGCCUUCAGACUUCGUGGACACCUUACUCAACAUAAGAGAAUUCAUACAGGAGAGAAGCCUUAUGAAUGUAGUGAAUGUGGGAAAACCUUCCGUCAAAGUACAGACUGUACUCAACAUCAGAGAAUCCAUACUGGAGAGAGACCUUAUGUGUGUAGUGAAUGUGGGAAAGCAUUUUGUGAUAGAUCAUCUUUGACUAAACAUCAGAAGAUUCACACUGGAGAAAAACCUUAUGAAUGUAAUGAAUGUGGAAAAGCUUUUAUUCGAAGUUCAUAUCUUAUUCAACAUCAUAUAACUCAUACUGGAGAAAAGCCUUUUGAAUGUAAUGAAUGUGGGAAAGCCUUCAGCCUGCAUGCAAAUCUUACUCGACAUCAAAGAAUUCAUACUGGAGAGAAACCAUAUAAAUGUAUUCAUUGUGGAAAUGCAUUUAGGCACAGUUCAGCCCUGAUUAGACAUCAAAGAGUUCACCGUGGAAACUACCUAUCGGAGGUCAGGCCAAGCCCGGGACCCAGUUCCAGGUAUUUAAUGAUCAGGCCCGUUCCCUGCUGCCAAAGCCGAGCUGGGCGGAUCCGGGAGGGGUCGGGGGCCGGGCUUGACUGGGGUGAUAUCAGAUAUCCAGAUAUUCUUGAGGAGUGGAUGACCUUGGUGGAUUUGACCCAAAAGCUUGAGGAAAAAGUUCUUUCUUUUCAAGAACCUGCUGUUGUUCAACUGGUGAGCACUGAUGAGCUAAAUAUGACUUCUGAGCUUCUGACAGCCAGAUCCCAGGAAUCAUUAACAUUCAAGGAUGUAGCUGUGAACUUUACUCAAGAGGAGUGGGGACAACUGGAUCCUGGUCAGAAAUACUUGUAUAGGGAUGUUAUGCUGGAGAACUAUAGGAACCUGGUCUCAUUAGGGCAUCAAAUUUCCAAACCUGAUGUGAUCUCCCAAUUGGAGCAAGGAGAAGAACCUUGGUUGAUAGAGAGAGAAAUUCCAAGAGAUGCCUUCCAAGGACAAGUCUGGGAAUCAGAUGUCCAGUAUGGGAGACUGCAAAAAAUCCAGGAGAGACAUUUGAGACAAAUGGCAGUUCCCCACAAGAAAAUGCUGCUUGUGAAGAGGGACAAUGAGUACAAUAUGUAUAGUCUGAGUUCAAUCUUUGUUACAGAAGAAAAUGUUCCUAGAAAAGAGAGAUAUUCUGAAUGUGACAUAUCUGAAAAAAACUCCAAAUGUAAUCCACAUUUAAUUAGACAUCAGAAAAUCUGUGCAACAAAGAAACUCUUUGAGUGUAAUGAAUGUGGUAAAUCUUUCAGUAAAAGUGCACUUCUUCGGCAACAUCAAGUAGUGCAUACUGGAGAGAAACCCUAUAAGUGCAAUGAAUGUGAGAAAGCUUUCAGUAAAGGUGCACUUCUUAUUCAACAUCAGAGAGUCCAUACUGGAGAAAAACCCUAUAAAUGUAAUGACUGUGAAAAAGCUUUCAGUAAAGCUGCACUCCUUAUGCAACAUCAGAGAGUCCAUACUGGAGAAAAACCCUAUAUGUGUAAUGAAUGUGGGAAGGCAUUUAGUCAGAGCAUUUGCCUUACUCGCCAUAAGAGAAUUCACACUGGAGAGAAACCCUAUGAAUGUAAUGAAUGUGGAAAGACAUUUAGAUUGCGUGGACAUCUUACUCAACAUCAGAGAAUUCAUACUGGAGAGAAACCUUAUAAAUGUAAGGAAUGUGGGAAAACCUUCAGCCAGAGUACAGACCGCACUCAACAUGAGAGAAUUCAUACUGGAGAGAAGCCCUAUAAAUGUAUUGAAUGUGGAAAAACAUUCAUUCAAAGUACACAUUUAACUCAGCACCAGAGAAUUCAUACUGGAGAAAAACCCUAUGAAUGUAGUGAAUGUGGAAAAGCAUUUUGUGACAGGUCAUCCUUUACUAAACACCAGAGGAUUCACACUGGAGAAAAACCCUAUGAAUGUACCGAAUGUGGGAAAGCCUUCAUUAGAAGUUCAGACCUUAUUCAACAUCACAGAACUCAUACUGGAGAGAAGCCCUAUGAAUGUAAUGCAUGUGGGAAAGCCUUCAGCCUGCAUGUACACCUUACUCGACAUCAAAGAAUUCAUACUGGAGAGAAACCCUAUAAAUGUAUUCAUUGUGGAAAUGCCUUUAGGCAUAGUUCAGCCCUAGUCAGACAUCAAAGACUUCAUAAUGGAGAGUAAACCUGAGUAUUUAGUGAAUAAUGUAAGAUCUUUAGACAUCCCUUAUCCAAAUAUUCUAUGGUCACAAUAUCACAUAAGUUAUCAAUUACCUUACUUGGGGUAUUUAAAAUAAGAAAUAUGCUUCUUUGUUUCUUUCUCUACUACAAUAAAAGCUGGUACUUACAAAGUGAGACUAAAUAAGUUUACACCAAAGCAAUUCGUCUGAUAAUUUUGUUUAAUGAUUAAUUCACUUCAUACCAAUUUUCUAAAAAUCAUAAACAUUUUAAUUUUGCUUCUUUAAAAAUUACCUAUUUUACCAGGAUAAUUUUUAGUUUCCAUUAAUUAUUUCCAAAUUAUUUUUGUUAACAAAACAACAGUGUGAUGGUCAGUAUAGGUUAUACCUAAUACGAUUAGGAAGGUUUAUUAUUGUCCUUAAGUGUAAAGAAAUGUCACUGGAAAGUUUACUUGUGUGGAUCAUCAGGUAAUAAUGACUAAAUUCCAUAGUGUCUUCAAAAUAAUAGAAUAAUUUUAAAAAUAAAAUAAUUUUUAAGUCAUAGUAGUUCAUGAAAGCAUCUACUGCAAUAUGAUAAAGUUUUAAGGGGCAUUGGGAAAGAGAAUACAUACACUAUUAUUUUAUGACUAUUCACAUCAUUGAAAUAUUUAAUUAAAAAACAAACCUUUUGCAAUAAAAAAAAUUUGUUAAGAAAAUAUUCCUGCCCAACUUUAAAAAAAAUAUUAGCAAAUAGUUUUUUCUACACUAACUUUAAGUAAUUUAUCUCGUGAUAUCAAACUUUCUAAAGUAUAUGGAAGUUAAUUUAACAGAACAACACAGUAACAGAUAGCAAAGAGAAAAAUUCAUAAUGUGCUCUGUCAAAUUCUUAUUUUCUUCAUAAUAAUUAUUGCCUUAUUUUGUACUUUGGGAAAUCAAAAAUAAAGGCAAAACUUUAUCAUGAUCAUGAAAUUAGAAAAUGCUCCUUGUUACCUUUCUUGUUUUAUAACUUUUGCUUGUCUUAUUUCAAAUUUUCUUGUAAUAUUAACUAUAGAAAUGUCAACUUGUUAGAAUUUUUCUUAUGUUUUAUGACAGAAUAUCUUUCUUCUUUUUGAACUGUCAUCUAAGCACUAAUAAUUUCACUUUGUAGGCUGAUGUUUUGCAGAGCAGACUUACCUUGAAAAUGCAUGAAUCAGCUUUUAUUGUCACUGUUCAUUUUAUGAUUCAUCACUAUGUUGUGGAUUUUUAAGAAUGAAAAACCUCAAAGUUUUGUCUUUAAUGAUGCUCAAACUCCAACCAAAGUUGUGAGUUUGAUUCUGAGUUUCCAGAAUAUAUGUUGAAAAAGUUGAUGAAUGUCCUAGGUAAUUGUGUUUGUAUUUAUACUUAUGCCUGUAAUAAUUAUAAAACUUUUUUUGCCUGAUUACUGGAAAGGUAAAAAUUUACAAUUCAUUGAUGCAGUUGUAAUACUCAUGUAUUUUUAAUAAGAUAGUUUCCAAUGCCAAUUAAUUCUAUGUUUCUGUCAAUUCAAUACUGCCAGUGAACAGGAAGCUAAGACAGAAGAAACACAAGGGGCUACAGAGUCAGGAAAAGAAGUAAAAUUUGGAAGCCAAUUACAUACCUGAAGAACAUGAGAACCCAAACCCCAUAAUGUCUGGUGGGGACUGAUCUAAUUGGGAGAAAUAGAUUGAGCAAUAGAAUGAAUGUUCAUGAAGCCUGAGUGUUUCUCUCUUCAGAUAAAGCGUGAAGAAGGACAAGCUUCUAAAUCUGAUGAGAUGCUACAGCCUAAGGUUCAAAUAGGAGAAUAGUAUUACUUGGUAAACAGAAGAGCAAGGUCAAGUUGUUGCUAGAUUCAUAAUCUAGUUUGAAAUAUUCUGUGAAGAUUCAAAUUGGAGGCUCUUUAAAGGGAAUACUGAUCUUAGACUCUCAUUUUUCAUCCCUGUAACAUAAGAUUGAGGUAAGUUCAGGAAAACUCAUAUCCAAAUAUUCUGUGGUCACAAUAUCACAUGUUAUCAAUUACCUUACUUGGGGUAUUUAAAAUAAGAAAUAUGCUUCUUUGUUUCUUUCUCUACUACAAUAAAAGCUGAUACUUACAAAGUGAGGUUAAAUAAGUUUACACCAAAGCAAUUCAUUUGAUAAUUUUGUUUAAUGAUUAAUUCACUUCAUACCAAUUUUCUAAAAAUCAUAAACAUUUUAAUUUUGCUUCUUUAAAAAUUACCUAUUUUACCAGAAUAAUUUUUAGCUUCCAUUAAUUAUUUCCAAAUCAUUUUUGUUAAUGAAACAACAGUGUGAUGCCCAAUAUAGGUUACACCUAAUAUGAUUAGGAAGGUUUAUUAUUAUUAUUAUUAUUAUUAGGUGCAGUUGUGAUUUAGAUAUCUCCGAUAUAAUAAUAAUGAGCAUUUGGAAAGCAAUUACCUAAGAUCACUUCAUAAAUUGGGACAUAAAUUUAGGAUUAAACUUCACAACUUGCAACAUAUAAAGCUUUACUUCUUUUUAUCUUUUGUCAUGGCCCUACCUUUUAUGUUACUUUCCUAUUUUUAAAGUCAAUUUCCUUUUAAAAUAAUUUUGAUAUAUUUGGUUUGUAUAUCACUUUUAGUUUCAUUCCCCCAUGAAUUGCAUCAUUUCUUGUUACAAAGAAUAAAAGAAAUGGAAAUAAAGCAUUUUAGCAAUACUAAUUAAAACAAGUUUGACAGUAUAUUCAGUGUUCCAAAACCUAGUCUCCCACCUUUGCAAAGAAGGAAGUAUGCUUCAUUUUUCAUAUCUUCAGAGCUAAACUUGGUCAGAGUUCAAUUUU